AUGAAUUUUUCAAAUGUACCGAAAGAACUCUCCCAUCUGAACGUGUUCUUAAGAUGUGCUUCCGAUCACUCGGCGAAAGACCCCACUAUCACAUACUACUGUCUCCUGCAUGCAUUUCAAAAAGGUUUAAGUAUGAUUCAAAAAUCACCCCCUAUCAAGGCAUUUUUGACAACUCUCAUGGAUAAGUUAGAAGAAUUAAAGAGGAGUAAUUCAAACUGUGAAGAAAUUGCGAAUGAAACUGUUGGGAUUCCUUAUGUUGAACAGUAUGCCCUCAAGUUGUUUGAUGCUGCUUACCAGAGGGAUAUAAACUCCGACUUCGGACCUGCUACUGUAAAAUUAUUUCUUUCAGCUGCUACACUCUUAGACGUUGUUUCUGGAGUUGGAGAAGUAGGUGAUGAUAUCGAAAAGACCAGGAAGUAUGCCAAAUGGAAGGCCGUUUACAUCAGCAAAUGUUUGAAAUCUGGCGAAGUUCCAGUAGGUGGUCCUAUUGCUAACACCGAAGCUGCCUACACCCCAAAUAUUUCUGGACUAACAAAUACAAACAAUCUCUGCAACAAUGAAACAAAUCAACAACCUCAUGAAGUCCCCACCACUUGCAUACCUAAACAACCACCUAGUCCUGAUCCAUCUGCAUCUGAUAAUAAUAUUACAACAAGAAAUUGGUUGAAUGUAGAAAAAGAUAUCAAAUGUGCAUUGAGUGCAUCAAAUUAUCAGGAUAGAGAAACAACCGUGAAAUACUUGAAGCAAGCGUUAAAAUCACUUGGAGUUGAUAUCUAA